AUGGAGGACAAGGGACCUCGUGUAGCAGACUACUUCGUGCUGGCCGGUCUGACCGACUCCUCCACGCCACUGGAGCAGGAGAUCCACUUCCACGAUGUCUGCCACAAGACGGCCAAACCCAAGCCACCCAUCACCGACGUCGCUGUGGUGAUGCGUUCGCUGGGGGAAGAGGUGCCUCCUGGGUACACGUGCGUGGACUCCACGCCGUCCGGCCUGUCAGCUGACCUGAACAAUGGAAGCCUCAUGGCGCCACAGAUCUUCCUGUGUUACAGACGAGGACGGGACAAACCACCACUCACAGACCUGGGGUAGGUAUGACCGUGGGUAGUUAUGAGCCAUGGUAGUUAUGAGCCGGGGUAGGUAUGACCUUGGGGAGUUAUGAGCCAUGGUAGUUAUGGCCUGCGGUAGUUAUGAGCUGGGGUAGGUAUGACCUUGGGGAGUUAUGAGCCAUGGUAGUUAUGAGCCGGGGUAGGUAUGACCUUGGGGAGUUAUGAGCCAUGGUAGUUAUGAGCUGGGGUCGUUAUGAGCCGGGGUAGGUAUGACCUUGGGGAGUUAUGAGCCGGGGUAGGUAGAUGUAGAUCACUUACACUUCCUCAGUUAGAGGAAAUCAAGAUAGCUUUAGUGACUGAGAGGAGAUCCAACUAUAGCCGGGCUGGUUAAUUUUUUAAAUUGUUUUAAUUUAACCUUUUAUUUAACUAGGCAAGUCAGUUAAGAACAAAUUGUUAUUUACAAUGACGGCCUACACCGGCCAAACCCGGACGACGCUGCGACAAUUGUGCGCCGCCCGAUGGGACACCCCUCUGACUGAGAGGUGGUGGUGACAGGACUGAGUGUCUAGUGACACAGCAGAGUUCAGUGCUUAUCAGAGGGGCUUACUGGAGACACCGAGCCUCUCAGGGUCAUCUCCUGAUAUACACUACCGUUCAAAAGUUUGGGGUCACUUAGAAAUGUCCUUGUUUUCAAAAGAAAAGCAAUUUUCUCGUCCAUUUAAAAUAACAUCAAAUUAUCUGAAAUACAGUGUAGACAUUGUUAAUGUUUUAAAUGGCUAUUGUAGCUGGGAACGGCUGAUUAAAAAAAAUUAAAAAAUAAUGGAAUAUCUACAUAGGCGUACAGAGGCCCAUUAUCAGCAACCAUCAGUCCUGUGUUCCAAUGGCACAUUGUGUUUGCUAAUCCAAGUUUAUCAUUUUAAAAGGCUAAUUGAUCAUUAGAAAACCCUUUUGUAAUUAUGUUAGCACAGCUGAAAACUGUUGUGCUGAUUAAAGAAGCAAUAAAACUGGCCGUCUUGAGACUAGUUGAGUAUCUGGAGCAUCAGCAAUUGUGGGUUCGAUUUACAGGCUCAAAAUGGCCAGAAACAAAUAACUUUCUUCCGAAACUCGUCAGUCUAUUCUUGUUCUAAGAAAUGAAGGCUAUUCCAUGCGAGAAAUUGCCAAGAAACUGAAGAUCUUGUACAGCACUGUGUACUACUCCCUUCACAGAACAGCGCAAACUGGCUCUAACCAGAAUAGAAAGAGGAGUGGGAGGCCCCGGUGCACAACUGAGCAAGAGGACAAGUACAUUAGAGUGUCUAGUUUGAGAAACCGUUGCCUCACAGGUCCUCAACUGGCAGCUUCAAUAAAUAGUACCCGCAAAACACCAGUCUCAACGUCAACAGUGAAGAGGUGACUCCAGGAUGCUGACCUUCUAGGCAGAGUUGUCCUGUCUCAGUCAGUGUCCUGUCUCAGUCCUGUCCUGUCACAGUCAGAGUCCUGUCCUGUCUCAGUGACAACAUCAGCCUUUAGAGCCAGUAAGUGAGUCACCUUCUGGCAGUAAACCAUUGAUAAACAGCGUGGUUACUAUGGAAACCAUCUUUGCCCACGCUGUUGACCCUACAGAGCUAAUGGGAAUUGGCCCUUGCUCCGACCUUCUUCGUUUGGAGAGGUUUUAGCUAGCCGAAUGGUAAAUAUUAUGAUCAGCAGAACACGUUUCAACGUCUUGUUUUUAGCCUGAAAGGAUCUCUGUUGUGUUGCAGUGAAGGCUAAGCCACUGAAGGUCACAGUGUGACCUGGGUGAAGUGAGGGGGAAAUAACAACUAACAGAAUGGAGGAGGGGUCUCUGUAUUGUUGGUUACAAUGACCUCAAACAACAGGACUGGUUUUUUUUUUUCAGCGCCAUCCAAACUUCUUGCUCCAAAGCCUUCAGAGUUGUCUCCAGUAGAAAAAUGAUGAAUUCCACGUUGACAAUCUCCUGUCCGUCUCCCAGGCGUUUUAUUAGUAGAGGGUCAUCCCGUGUAAUUUCAGCAAGACAUGACACCCACCAUCUCAGAUUGUUCUGAUAUCGUUUCUGUAGUUAGAAACAGAUAAGAUUAGCAUUCCUGCAUUAUUUUGUAGAAAUCCCCCCCAACAAUGAGUACGGGGGUAAAAAAACUAUACUCAUUGUUGGGGUGGGAUUGGUGUGGGGUGUCCGUGGGUGGCUUUUGACCAUUCCUUUGGAUUCCUCAUGUCUAACUCAUUGUUAGAAAAAAAGUUUGGUCCAAAUCAGAUGUUAGGUACUAUAUUUAUUGAAUAUAAUACGAAUCCUAUAAAUUAAAAAAUGGCCAAUUUGGAUGCAAUAAAUGAGCUUCCUUUCUCAGAGAUCAGGGUGUUGUAUGAGUGGAAGGAGAGGUUGAAGCAGGGUCAGGGUCAGGGUUAGGGGUUAGAGGUUAGGGGUCAGGGUCGUAGCUAAAUGACGGAUUCCUCUCCUCCUCCCAGUGUUCUGUAUGAGUGGAAGGAGUGGUUGAAGCAGGGUCAGGGUCAGGGUUAGGGGUUAGAGGUUAGGGGUCAGGGUCGUAGCUAAAUGACGGAUUCCUAUCCUCCUCCCAGUGUUCUGUAUGAGUGGAAGGAGCGGUUGAAGCAGGGUCAGGGUCAGGGUUAGGGGUUAGAGGUUAGGGGUCAGGGUCGUAGCUAAAUGACGGAUUCCUCUCCUCCUCCCAGUGUUCUGUAUGAGUGGAAGGAGCGGUUGAAGCAGGGCUGCCACAUCAUCCAGACCACGCCAUCCGGACGCCCUGCCAACAUAAGCUCCACUUCCUCCCAGAGGAUCUACGUGACGUAUCGCCGCGCCACGGAGAGCCAGACCUAUGCUGCCCUGGCCGUCACAGACAUCUGUGUCAUCAUCCCCGGCAAGGGAGAGACGCCACCACACACCUUCUGCAAGGUGGACAAGAACCUCAACAGCAGUAUGGUGAGAUGGAUGGAGGGAGGGAGGGAUGGUGAGAUGGAGGGAGGGAGGGAGGGAGGGAUGGGAUGGUGAGAUGGAGGGAGGGAUGGGAUGGUGAGAUGGAGGGAGGGAGGGAGGGAUGGUGAGAUGGAGGGAGGGAUGGGAUGGUGAGAUGGAGGGAGGGAGGGAGGGAGGGAGGGAUGGGAUGGUGAGAUGGAGGGAGGGAGGGAGGGAGGGAGGGAACCCCCUACUGUAAAACGCUCCUCUACCAAACCCCCCACUGCCUCCCUUCCCCCUGACCUCUCCACUGCCUCCCUUCCCCCUGACCUCUCCACUGUCCCCUCCCCUGACCUCUCCACUGUCCCUUCCCCCUGACCUCUCCACUGUCCCUUCCCCUGACCUCUCCACUGUCCCCUCCCCUGACCUCUCCACUGUCCCUUCCCCCUGACCUCUCCACUGUCCCCUCCCCUGACCUCUCCACUGUCCUCCUCUCCCCUGUCACCUCCCCUACUCCACUGUCCCUCCCCUGACCUCUCCACUGUCCCUUCCCCCUGACCUCUCCACUGUCCCCUCCCCUGACCUCUCCACUGUCCCUCCCCUGACCUCUCCACUGUCCCUCCCCUGACCUCUCCACUGUCCCUCCCCUGACCUCGUCCUCCCUGUCCACUCCUCCCUGACCUCUCCACUGUCCCUCCCCCUGACCUCUCCACUGUCCCUUCCCCCUGACCUCUCCACUGUCCCCUCCCCUGACCUCUCCACUGUCCCUUCCCCUGACCUCUCCACUGUCUCCUCCCCCUGACCUCUCCACUGUCCCUCCCCUGACCUCUCCACUGUCCUCCUCCCAUGUCCCUCUCCACUGUCCCACGUCCUCCCCUGACCUCUCCACUGUCCCUUCCCCUGACCUCUCCACCCCUCCCCUGACUCUCCGUCCCCAUGACUCCAUGUCCCCUCCCCCUGACCUCUCCACUGUCCCUUCCCCCUGAUCCUCUCCCCCCCUGACCUCUCCACUGUCCCUCCCCCUGACCUCUCCACUGUCCCUUCCCCCUGACCUCUCCACUGUCCCCUCCCCUGACCCUCCACUGUCCCUUCCUGACCUCUCCCUGUCUCCUCCCCCUGACCUCUCCAGUUCCCUUCCCCCUGACCUCUCCACUGUCCCUUCCCCCUGACCUCUCCCCUGUCCCCCCCUGACCUCUCCACUGUCCCUUCCCCCUGACCUCUCCACUGUCCCUUCCCCCUGACCUCUCCCCUGACCUGUCAUAAUUCGGGGUCCACUAACGACUGCUAUUGUCAACACAUUACUCAACUGAUUCCCGGCAGUGUGUUUGGAAAGAAAGAGUGUGGUGUAAUUCAAAUCCAAACAACACGUGCCAUCUCUGUUUUCAGUGGGGUUCCUCUGUCUACCUGUGCUACAAGAAGUCUGUGGCCAAAACCAACACCAUAGCCUACAAAGCGGGUGAGUGAAUGUCCCUGGAAGAGGAGAAAUGACAUUUAUCUGUAUAAAUCCUGGCGCUAAAAUAUGUCUCUCCUGCCCGUUCACACAGGAGGUGAAGUAUCUCUGCAGUCAGGAUGAUAUUGCCACUCUCAAACAGACAUUUGCCAUGGUAUAUCAUAUACACAUGGCCAGAAUCCAGAACUGCAACUACCCGUUGAAUGCCAAUUACCAUUACAUGGGCCGCUAUAUACAUGAUGUGCUGUUGGCUCUUGGUAGGGUCAGGCACAGUUGAACAGUACUAUCCCCAUAGAGCCCAGUCAGUGUCCAACUCUACUGUAGUAUCAUUAGGCCCUGUAGUAAUGGUUGCUUCACGCUGAUAAGCAGUCCCUCUGGACGG